AUGUUCCAUACUGAUCAAGAUGAUGCUGACCAAAAAGUGGUGCAUUUCUUUAGAAAAGUCACAUCAGUUGUCCAUUGUUUUCUCAUUCUUGCAUUUCAUAUUAUUUGCCCAUUCUGUUUCUUUUUCUUUCCAUGUUACUCUUUUUUGAGAACUCCCCUUUCUCUCUCUCUCUCUCUUCUUUCUUUUAUCCUCUCUUCGUUCAUUUUUUGUUUCCUACUGCUUUUCUUCAUCUCUAUCUCUUUUCCUCAUUCUCCCAUUUUUGAUUUCUCUUUUUUGUCCAAACCUCUCUCUCUCUCUCUCUUUCUAUUGUCUUCUUCCCUUUUUAGCCAAUUCUUUUUUUUUCUCUUUCUCCAGAUCUAUCUUUCAUUUCCUCUCUCUUCAUUCCUUCUUACUCGCUCUCUGUUCCUUUCUUUCUGGUUAUCUUCUUUCUCCAAAUCUCACUUUAUUUCUCUCUACCACUCUCUCCUCUCCCCUUUAUCUCUGUUUUUUUACGUCUUUCUUCAAAUCAUUUUCUUUACUUCUCACCCAUUCUCUGUUCCUUUCUUUUCCCAUUUGCUUCUUUCUCUGGAUUUCACAAAUAUAUAUAUAUAUAUGCUGGACACUCCCGUUGUAUCCGAUUUAUGA